AUGUCACAGACGGCAAUAGAAUUGAUUGCUCCAGCUGCGGUCCAUGGCGUCCCUAAAACUACCCGUCUCGUUGGUGAGGCCAGGGAGACACAGAGCUCGGAGAACGUCACCAGCCAUGGCGUCCGCCGUGAUCCAGAUGACAGCGAUGAAGAGGUUGCCAGCACAUUUUCUGUUCCUCCUAUCCCGAGAGGGAAGGCUGCCGUGAUUAUUGCCGCUGCCUCGAGCAUGGUGUUGAUGAACUCCGUGUUGACCGGUAUAUUAACCGUGGGGCUGCCGGUCAUUGCAGCUGACAUUGGGCUCAAAGAGAGUUUACUGUUAUGGCCUGCAUCGGUAUAUGGAUUGACCUGCGGAUGCACACUUCUUUUAUCCGGAUCCAUUGCAGACGUUGUCGGUAGCCGGCCAGUCUAUCUAGCCGGGUGUGGGAUACUAUGUGCCUUUACACUGGGAUGUGGUCUGGUAAAGACGGGUAUCCAGCUCAUUAUGUUCCGCGCCAUAUCCGGAAUUGCCAUGUCCCUGUGCCUUCCUAGUGCCGUGAGCAUCAUAACCUCCGCCUUUGCAGCUGGAGGCAGAAGGAAUAUAGCAUUCGCAUGUCUGGGUGCAGCGCAGCCGGUGGGCUUCUCGCUAGGAAUCGUCAUGGGAGGUGUGCUUAUUGCUAGUAUCGGCUGGAGGUACGGGUACUAUAUUAUCGCAGGGGUCAAUGUCUUGAUCCUCCUCGUUGCGUUUUGGCAGAUUCCUGCGGACCCGCGCAAGGUUGUUCCCGUAACAUGGAGACGGUUGGCAACCGAGAUUGACUGGGUUGGGACUCUCCUGAUAAGUUCGUCCCUUGGACUGUUCUCCUAUGCAUUGUCAACCAUCAGCGUGUCAAUCCGUGAAUUAGCCAAACCGGGUAACGCCAUCGCCUUGGCUCUUUCGGCCGUCUUUCUCGCAGGGUUCGUUUUUUGGAUCCAUCGUCAGGAGCGGCUCGGGCGCGUUGCCAUGGUCCCGCCAAAUCUCUUCAAAUCCGACAUCCACGCCCCCCGCCGUGCUCGAAACUUUACAUGCGUCUGCAUCUCGGUAUUCUUCACUUGGGCCAUCUUUAAUUCCUUUCAAUUCUUCACAACUCUCUACUUCCAGCAGCUCCAGGGGAGCUCAGCACUAACGGCCUCCGUCCGGUUCAUUCCCAUGGUUAUAUCAGGCCUCAUUACUAAUAUCGUGACCGGCUUUCUCGUCAAACGUGUUUCAGCUGAUAUUCUCUGUACUUGUGCAGCCAUCGCAUCGUCAAUCGCGCCUUUGCUCAUGGCUGUAGCAAGCCCAGAAUGGAAUUAUUGGACGGCGCCAUUCUUCGCCACUAUCCUCAUCCCCAUCUCCGCCGACACACUCUUCACCGUGUCGAAUCUUGUGAUUACUUCAGCUUUUCCUCCAAAGACACACGGGCUGGCUGGUGGAGUAUUUAACACUAUUUCUCAGAUCGGCAUGUCCGUUGGCCUCGCCAUUACCGCCGUUGCCUCUAACUCUGUAGUUGAGCAUGAACUACCAAGGUCGGGCAGAAAUGUCGCUUUGCUCAAGGGGUAUCAGUCUACGUACUGGAUCUCAUUCGGGGCUGCUGUAAUGAUCGUUGGGUUGAGUCUGUGGGGCCUGAGGAGUAUCGGAAAGAUUGGCUUGAAGAAGGAGUAA